AUGCCUACUAGUCUUUUCAUUACAUCUAAUGGCAAAUUUAACGUAAUACAAUGCGGUUUAUCGAACUUGUUUGCUGACAAUAUUGACUCACAGUCCUGUGUGUAUUCUCUCUUUACACCACCACCCGGGGGGGGGGGGGGGGGGGGGGGGGGGGGGGGGGGGGGGGGGGGGGGGGGGGGGGGGGGGGGGGGGGGGGGGGGGGGGGGGGGGGGCCCGCCCCGGGAGGAGGAGAAAAGAGAGAAUACACACAGGACUGUGAGUCAAUCUAGAGAAAGUACGUAA